AUGGAAGCUGCUAAGAGAGUAGUGAGAUAUAUCAAGUCUACACCUGGACUGGGUCUGUUCAUGCCAACAGGAAGGUGCAAUAACCUAGUAGCCUAUUGUGAUUCAGAUUGGGGAGCUUGUGUUGAGUCAAGGAAGUCAGUCACAGGGUAUGUGGUUAAAUUUGGAGAUGCACUGGUUUCUUGGAAAUCAAAGAAACAAGGGACAAUAUUCAGAAGCUCAGCUGAAGCAGAGUUCAGGAGCAUGGCAACCACAGUAGUUGAAAUUGUAUGGUUGGUUGGACUCUUCAAAGAGUUAGGAGUGGACAUUACUCUGCCUGUGCCUCUACACUGUGACAGCAAAGCAGCAAUCCAAAUUGCUGCACAUCCUAUUUUUCAUGAAUGA